AUGGCUGUUAUCCGUUACACGCUGGAUAUGCUGGCUUCACUGUGCUCUUCGCUUGGACUGCGUGUGUUGAGACUUGAUGGGCAGACACCGAUUGCCGAUAGGCAAGCUUUGGUCACGAGGUUCAACUCUGAAAAAAAUCCUGAGAAUGUGUUCCUGCUCAGCACAAAAGCCGGCAUGUUCUACUGUUCUUUAGUAAGUUUACGUUGGUACUCACUGGAAUUAGAUUUCUCUUCCUCAGGAGGUGUGGGUUUGAAUCUGAUUGGAGCCUCACGACUGAUCCUUUUCGACUCUGACUGGAACCCCGCAUCCGAUCUACAGGCCAUGGCCAGGAUCUGGAGAGAUGGGCAAACGAGACCGUGUCAUAUUUACAGGCUUGUGACUGCGAGCACAGUGGAUGAGAAAAUUCUUCACCGCCAGAUAAAAAAGACUGGAUUGACGUCCAUGAUCAAUCUAGUUGAUCAGUCAUGUAAGUAUUUAAUUUAUCAAUUGUUAAUUUAA